CCACAGCUCAGGAUAUCCCCUUGAACAGCAACGACACCGUUGCCUACAAUUUGGCAGGUGCCGCAAGAGCACAUGCUGAAGGGCGACGCGAAAUAUGGACGACUUCAACAGCGAGACAGAUAGCGAUUACACCAGCUACUGGAGAGAUUGGUUUAUAUCGUCUCGAGGCAACGAGUACUUCUGUGAGAUCGAUGAAGAUUACCUCACCGAUCGAUUCAACCUCACUGGCCUGAAUACGGAAGUUCAAUACUACCAAUAUGCUCUGGAUCUUGUCACAGAUGUCUUCGACCUAGAUUGUGAUGAUGAGAUGCGGGAGACGAUCGAGAAGUCUGCGAGGCAUUUGUACGGACUUGUUCAUGCCAGAUAUAUCGUUACUACUAGGGGUCUGGCCAAAAUGCUUGACAAGUACAAGAAGGCAGACUUCGGAAAAUGUCCCAGAGUCAUGUGCAAAUCGCAUCCCCUCCUCCCAAUGGGGCAGUCGGAUAACCCGAACGUCAAAGCAGUGAAGCUGUACUGUGCCAAAUGCGAAGACAUCUACAAUCCUAAGUCCUCCCGCCACUCCGCCAUCGACGGCGCAUACUUCGGCACCUCCUUUCACAACAUUAUCUUUCAGGUUUAUCCCGCCCUGAUCCCCGCAAAGAGCGCCGACAGAUAUAUUCCUCGAAUUUACGGGUUCAGAGUGCACGCCCCAGCGACUUUGAUUAGAUGGCAAGAUGGGCAGAGAGAUGACAUGCGGAGACGUCUCAGGAAGCUCGAGAUAGAGAGUGGUUUUAAGGACGAUGAGGAGGAGGUUGAGGCGGAGGAUUCAGAGAAUGAUGAUGAUGAUGAAGAAGGUGAAAUGGAGCUAGUAGAAAAUGGGGAGGUAGAAGGAGGAAACCUUAACAACCAGAUAUAGUUUCUGGCUGUUUGGUGAGGGCAGUGGUUUGGCUAUGAUUACGGCUUGCUUUCUGAAUGAUUGUUCUAGGGAGGAUGGGUUAUUCUUGCAUGUGUCUGGCGUUGGACUUUAUGGACAUAUGGCGCAGCGAGUUCAGUCGCCUUGCCAAGCAGGGUCGCUUAGAAUGCAUUUGUUGAGAAGCAAUAUUUGAUUCAACUUCCAUUCCGUUUUGUCAUCUUGCGUUGCUUCGUUUCACUCAUUACGGCAGCAUUUUCUAUUUUGGUGUUAAAAGCAUAGGAAGGGCGAUUCUUCACCACGAACCUAGCUACUCGAUCGAGAUAGUUAUGACCCGUAAAGUUUGACAUCUCGAACGUCGGAGUAAAAGACACGGUUAAGCGUUGUGCGAAG